CGAGCGGCGCGGCGACCGAGUGGCGAGAAGAAGUGUGAAGGUUGCCAGUGACACAGGGUGUGCGGCGACCAGCUAUUUGCGCGUCGAAUUCGGGCUGACCCGCAGGCUCCGGCCGAACCGCACACCAUGGUCAGCGACUACCUGCGCGAUGACGUCGCCGACAACAACGUCCUCAACCCCACGGUUACGACGCCGACCCUGGUGGCCAUCUGCCUGGGGGCCACCCUCUUCCUGGUAGCGAUGGCGGCGGUCACGUGCUUCUGCUACCGGCGGCGCAGUCCGUACGCGGCCAAGAUGUACGCGAAGCAGCGCGUCGACAAGCCGGUGACCCUGCGCAAGCCGACGGCGGUCAAGAGCCCCGGCUCGGGACCUACCACGCACUUCCUGAAGAAAAGCCCCAGCCCAACGGAUCACAAGGCGCCUCCCGGCAUGUGCAACGGCGACACCAAAAUCUCACCCAAUGAGCUCGAGAACGGAAACGGACACAGGACUUGGCACAAUAGGACUAGUCCAGUCACAUCAGACAAAACCCUUCUGAUGGACUCGCAGUCGGUGAAGAAGGACGACCUGGAGAAGCAGAAGCUGCUAGCCAACUGCAUGGUUGAGGUGGAGCGCGAGAUUUUGGCCUCGACUGAAGCGGCGCCAUCCACCGAAAAAGUUCUGACCAACGGCACCACCGAAAUCGCCAAAAACGACGCUAGUACGGUUGACAACAGCAAACUCGGCACCAUCGUUUUCAAGCUCAGGUACAAGUCGGACAAGAGCGCGUUGGUGGUGACGGUGGUCAAGUGCCAGGAUCUACCGGCACGUGACCCCAACAUCGGCAGUUGCGAUCCGUACGUGAAGCUGCAGCUGCUGCCUGACAAGCAGCACAAAGUCAAGACCCGCGUGCUGCGCAAAACCAACAACCCGGUCUACGACGAAGACUUUACCUUCUACGGAAUCAGCUUCAACCAGCUCCAGUCCAUUACCCUCCACUUCGUAGUUUUGAGUUUUGAUCGAUACUCGCGUGACGACAUCAUCGGCGAGCUGUUUUGUCCCCUUGGCCAGGAAGACCUGCUGAUCGCGGAAACGCAGCAAAUGACUCUGACAAGGAGUAUCCAGCCCAGGAGCCUGAAGAUUCGCUCACAAGGACGAGGUGAAUUACUCGUGUCCCUUUGCUGGCAGCCAGCUGCCAGUCGACUGACCGUCGUCGUCCUUAAAGCACGCAAUCUGCCAAAAAUGGACGUCACAGGACUGGCAGAUCCUUACGUGAAAAUUUACUUGCUUUUCAACAACCAACGCAUCGCUAAGAAGAAGACGCACGUGAAGAAACGAACCUUGAACCCCGUUUUCAACGAGAGCUUUGUUUUCGACAUCCCUCAGGGUGCAGAAGGUCUUGAUAGUGUCAGUCUAGACUUCAUGCUGCUCGACUGGGACAGAGUGACCAAAAAUGAGGUGAUUGGUCGGCUGGAACUGGGCAGCACGAAGAGCACUGGGACGGCGCUGCACCACUGGAAUGAGGUGUGCAACGCACCCCGCCGCCAAAUCGCCGAGUGGCACAAAUUGCGCGAGUAAAGAGCGAUUUUUCGCAGUUUAUGUUCGCCUCGUUUUUUCACACUACUUUUUGAUUUUGAUGCAGUGCAGACUGAAGCAAAAAAAUGGCGGCAUGCCGGUACAAACAAUUAUUAAUCUCUAUAUUGCGAAUACCACACGGUAAAAUAUGACAUAUUUAAAGAACUAAAUACUAUGCACCCAAUGAUAUUGAAGAUUGAAUUGAGUUUAAUGGUUUUGAUCUCUGUAACUAUAACAAUGACGAUAUUUUGACAAGUUUUCGGCGGGAAUCAAGGGAGAAUACAUGCCAUUCAAAUUAAAGUGGAAACUCUCAAAACACACACACUCAAAACGUAGCGUUCUAUAUCAACGUUAGGCUCAUUGUUAUUGUGUACAUAUAUACUUGUAUAUGUUCUACAGGGAGAAAAGCACGUAGCCAUUUUGUUUAAAUCAAUUUGAUCAAGAUAUUUUGGGGAAAAUUCCUUUGUUGACUGCGUUAAAGAUUGAACAUUACACAAAAUGCGAUAAGAAAGAUACGCUUUUAUUGAAAUCGGUUGCUUUCUAAGAAAAUGCGAAAUCAAACAUUGCCUGGAAAUUGUGAAAUUGGUUUUUAAGAAGCCAACGCCAAGUUAUUAAAUUGAUUGAUCGCGGUAUAUUUUAAUAAUAAAAACGGAUACAUUAUAUACAUGUAGAGAGCGCGCGCGCAUGACGAACUUAACGCAACCUUGCACAUUUGUGUCGUAAUAUCGAUGUGAAAUAUAGGUGUGUAAAGAAAUCUUUCAAUCUCGUACUGAUAUUUCAUCCGAGCUGCGUUUACCGCCCGCUUCUUUCGCCUCUCAUAAUCGAUUUCUUUGACACCCGAUAUCAGCCAAAUAAAGAGCUUGGAAUAUUGCAUUAGUCAAGCUAAGUGUUUCGCGGUCAGAUUUCCUCUCCCAACAGUCAACUUGGCUCCUGAAAAUCCAAAAUUGAAAUAAUGGAGGUACUAAGUAAGUAGUCAUAAACACCGGGAGAAGCUGCGGUCAUCAAGAGUUUUAUCUGAUUUACUUCCAAGAUAUGUAAAUGUUUCGCAAAAAAAGUCCCGAAUUCCGCUCGGGUUUAAGUUUGGAAAUGUGAUGAAAAGUUUUCGACAAGAUGCAAUUGCAAGCAAACUAAUGAGCAGGCGGAAUUUAAAAAUUAUUGUACUAUCAUUUCUUAACUUGUAUUACUGUUAGUUGUGGAAAAUAAACAGACAAAA